AUCACAUAUCACACAAGAAGCACAACUUGGGGAACAAGCGAUCUUUAGAACUUACAAACCUAUAAACGGCCCAUCUCACCGGAGACGACGGUUAAUCCGAUUGCUUCAUCCAUCCACAAACCCUAAACACAUUCUCUCUCUAUAUCUAUCUCAUCUGCCAUGGCUAUGGACAUCGACUUCGUUGAGUACCGAUUGCGCUGCCAGCUUCGAGGUCAUGAAGAUGACGUUCGUGGUAUAUGUGUUUGUGAGAAUGAUGGAAUAGCAACUUCAUCAAGAGACCGAACCAUCAGGUUCUGGUCUUUGGAUAAAACUAACGCUGCUUACACUUCCUCAAAGAUACUACUUGGGCAUACUAGCUUUGUUGGACCACUGGCUUGGAUUCCCCCGAAUGAACAGUUUCCAGAAGGUGCCCUAAUAUCUGGUGGUAUGGACACACUUGUAUUGGUAUGGGAUCUUGCGACCGGAGAAAAAGUUCAGACGCUUAGAGGUCAUAAAAUGCAAGUCACAGGUGUCACUUUGGAUGGAUCAGACAUCGUAUCAUCUUCUAUGGAUUGUACACUAAGACGAUGGAAAGGAGAGCAGCAAAGUGAGGUUUGGGAAGCUCACAAGGCACCGAUCCAAGUAGUAAGGAGUUUACAUACUGGCGAACUCAUUACAGGUUCAAGCGACAGCACAAUAAAGCUUUGGAAGGGAAGCACAUGCACACACACUUUUUCUGGUCAUACAGAUACAGUGAGAGGUUUGGCUAUAAUGCCUGAUUUGGGCAUACUUUCUGCGUCACAUGAUGCUUCAAUCAGGUUAUGGGCGCUCACCGGUGAGGUUUUACUGGAGAUGGUUGGUCACACAGCCAUUGUCUAUUCUGUUGAUGCACACAAAUCUGGGUUUGUUGUCAGUGGUAGUGAGGAUGGAUCAGCAAAGAUAUGGAAAGAUGGAGUUUGUGUCCAAAGCAUAGAGCAUCCUGGUUGUGUUUGGGAUGUCAAAUUCUUGGAAAAUGGUGAUAUCGUAACUGCAUGUUCCGAUGGUGUGGCACGUGUUUGGACUGUACACCCGGAUAAGAUAGCCGAGGCUUCUGAACUUGAGGCAUAUGCCUCUCUACUUUCCCAUUACAAGGGAAGCAGGAAGAGGGUUGGAGGCUUGAAAUUGGAGGAAUUACCUGGUCUAGAGGCUUUGCAGGUUCCAGGAACCAAAGAUGGGCAGACAAUUGUUGUACGAGAAGGUGACAAUGGUGUUGCAUAUGCAUGGAAUAUGAAGGAACAAAAGUGGGAUAAGAUCGGGGAAGUAGUUGAUGGGCCUGAUGAUGGCAUGAAGCGCACUGUUCUUAAUGGAGUACAAUAUGAUUACGUGUUCGAUGUCGAUAUUGGAGAUGGUGAACCUAUUCGAAAAUUGCCAUACAACAGAUCAGAUAAUGUUUAUGACACAGCUGAUAAGUGGCUUCUCAAGGAAAAUUUGCCACUUUCAUACCGUCAACAAGUUGUAGAAUUUAUAUUACAAAAUUCAGGACAAAAAGACUUCAUGCUUGAUUCAUCAUUCCGUGAUCCUUACACUGGAUCCAGUGCUUAUGUACCUGGGCAGCCUUCAAAGUCUGCUGUAUCAAGCAAACCGACAUUCAAACAUAUACCCAAGAAAGGAAUGCUUGUUUUUGAUGCUGCUCAGUUUGAUGGGAUUCUUAAAAAGAUUUCAGAGUUCAAUAACACUUUGCGGUCUGACCCAGACCAGCAGAGCUUGUCGAUCAGUGAUACCGAGACAACAAGAUUGGGUGCCAUAGCCAAGAUAUUGAAGGACACAUCCUAUUAUCAUAGUAGUAAAUUCUCAGACGAGGACAUCCGUUUAUUGUUAAAAUUGCUAAAAUCAUGGCCCGUUUCAAUGAUAUUUCCAGUUAUUGACGUGCUAAGGAUGGUCAUUCUGCAUCCGGAUGGGUCAACUCUUGUCAAGCGUGCUAAUGAUGAAAAUGAUACAUUCAUGGAGUUGAUUAAAAAGGUUACAAGCAGUCCUCUUCCCCCGAAUCUUCUAACCAGUAUCCGGGUGGUGGUAAAUCUUUUUAAAAAUUCAGGAUUUCAUCUUUGGUUGCAAAAGCAUCGUGUUGAGAUUUUCGAUGCAUUUGCAAGUUGUUACUCAUCUUCGAAUAAGAAUGUCCAAGUAUCUUACUCUACAUUGGUGCUCAAUUAUGCUGUGUUGUUGAUUGAAAAGAAGGAUGAAGAAGGUCAAGCUCAUGUUCUUUCAGCAGCUCUGGAGAUCGCUGAAGGAGAAGCUUUAGAAGUUGAUGCGAAAUACCGCGCCUUAGUUGCUAUUGGAUCACUGAUGCUGGAGGGUCUCGUAAAGAAGAUAGCACUGGACUUUGAAGUUGGCAGUAUCGCCAAAUUAGCAAAAGCAUCAAAGGAUUCUAAAGUAUCUGAAGUAGCAGCUGAUAUUGAAACUUUAAUCAAGCAAACCUGAUUAGCUUCAUGUCAUCAUGAAACUAUAGGAUGGUAUGGAUGUGUGGUCAAGAACACCGGUACAAGAAUUGGCUUAUGAAACUGUCAAGGUUUUCUGUGGGACAAAGUUUGUGUAUUGAUUUGUACUUCAGUUUUAAUGAACUCAAGCUUUUUGGGGCUAACAAUGAAGUUGGUGAUCACAUUUUUACAAGUUUGUGCUAGAAAAAUAGAUCGAUGGUAAAAAAAACUGUUGCAAUCAACAGCCUAUAAACUAAUUUCAUGAUACUACAUGCUUGUUUUAGU